UUUGUGUUAAGGUUAAUAACUGCAUUUACUUCUUAAAUACUGUGAAAAUAUAUUAACCUUGUUUGUUCUGUUCUUGAUCGGAUAAGGACACAGUUUGUGUUUGAUAUUAUAAAAAGCAGGACAUAUGACGAACUUUUAUAAAUAUUUGAAUUUGCAAAGAAAUCAAACUGACGUUUUUUUCUCCUUCAAGUGAUCAUAAUGUUAUCUAAACUGAUCCGAUCAACAAAAUUUAAAAUAAUUGUAAUAGUGUGCUUACCUAUUCUAAUUUUAUCAAUUUUGUACUUACAAACGAGAAAAGAUAGUAUUAAUUUUGCAUUAACAUCAUUUGUUAACACCUCAGUUACCGUAUCAGACAGUACAUUGAUGAAUAAUUCUGUAGUUAAUGGAGUAUGCAAAGGAAAACUUCUCAGAGAAACUUUUACCACAGAUGUUUCCUGGCAGCCGAUUGACAAACAAAAGACAAUGUAUGUGGUAUCUGCAUACUAUGUUCAAACGGCAAGGAAGGUAUUUAUAAUUGGCGCCAAACCUAUGUUUAAUGUUGCCGUCAUUUGUCAGCUCUGGUCAAAGGAAGAAAACGAAGGUGAUACGAAAAUGUGGGAAACCGAAGCUAAAGUUGGAACACCGAAUGACCCUGCCGGACCUUUACCGUACACGGCAACAACAUUUGAAUGUCAACUAAAUGUUACUGAGUUUCCUACCCACGUUUCACUUGUGACACAAUCUUGUCAAAAUGCUUAUAAUAUCCUACCUGUGAACAAUGCUUCGGAAAUUCCUACCUAUGAAAGACGUUUUACAGUUUGUUUGGCGCCAGUUUACAGUUACAGGCAUGCACAAGAAUUUGUUGAAUGGAUCGAAUUAAACCGGAUACUCGGUGUUGAAAAAUUUGUGAUAUAUAAUUACUCAAUUGCUGCAGAUAUUGAUCAGAUUAUUCGUUACUAUUCAAAACGAGGCAUAGCAGAUGUUAUACAAUGGCGACUACCGUUUCCGGUCACACAUCACAUACAUUAUUUUGGUCAAACCGCCGCACUUAAUGACUGUUUGUUUAGAAACAAACAGACUUCCGAAUUUAUAACGAACAUUGACUUAGACGAAUAUAUUAUUCCACAAUCGAGCACUAUUUCAAACUGGACUCAAAUGAUCUCACAACUAGACCAGUUGGCGGAUGGGUAUAUUUUUAGAAAUACUUUCUUUAGGAAAGAAUGGACAAAUGAAAAUAUAGAAUUUAAAGAGAAAGUAAAAGCCAAAAAGUUCGGACUGAUUACUUUGAAACACUUCGAACAUGAGAAAAAGAUAUAUAAUGCUUUUGACCGCUCAAAGUAUUUUGCUCGACCAUCUCGUGUUCAUUAUACUCUUAUACAUGAGAUUCCAAAAGCACGGGUUAUUAAAGUACCUACGGAAAUAGGUUUGCUGUAUCAUUAUAGGAACUGGGAAAAUUAUGCGGAUAAGCAGGAAAGGAUAAAGGAUACAGUAAUUCUAGAAAAAUUUGGACAGAAUCUAAUUAAAAAUGUGGAAACAGUAUGGCAAGACCUGGAAAAAAUGCAUCUUUCAUUGGGUUUAUAGAUCAACAAUAACUAAAACCGCUUGUACCAAACAUUUGACAUAUUUAGAAUUACUUAUGUUCCAUUUAUGUAGAUUAUCUUUAAUUUUUCGUUUAUAAUAUUUAUACUUUAGAAGCCCUUGUUUUAUUGCUUUAUGAACGUUUUGUGUUUCGGAACAUUUUUCUCGAAAAUUUCAGUAAAGCGUACCAUGUACAUCCCGUACAUAAGAAAUUGUUUGCUAUUCUAAAUGUUUAAAGUAAUAUAAUAACCACACUUCUCAUGGAAGAAAGAAAAAUAAUGUCCCAUUUCAUUACAACCUUGAAUGUAAAUUCUUCUCUUAUCAUCUUCCCUAAGCCAUAUGUGCCUAAACAUUAUAUCUUGAAAUAACUUUUAAUAGAUCGCUUUUUCCCUUCUUAUUGACCUUAUUAUCAUGUAAAUUCAGUGGGCCAAAAUUAAAAUUUAAGUUCUAUGAUUAUGAAUUAAAUAUAAACAUAUAGAAUAGAUUAUAAAUGUUGUCAACAUCGAAUCAAUAUGUCAUGUAAAUUAAAGAACAUUCUAUAAUCAUAAUAUUUUGUAACAUGUUUGGAGUAAUAAAAAGGGUCAUCUAGCUCUUUUAUAUUCUAUAUUUAUUAC